ACACCUUGUCCUACUCCCUCACAUGGAAUUCUUGUCGCAGACGUAUGUGGCGCUGCGGGGGCCCACGGGGGCGCCCCAGACGGCCAAGGAUACCAUCGCGCGGCUGAGCGACAGGCUGUCGCCCGCGACGUUGCUCGGAGAUCGACGCGCAGCAGUCCAAGCCCUCAAGGGUCUCGCGCGCGACCAUCCAGACGAUGUGGCCGCCCGCGCGCUCCCUGGACUGAUCAACGUGCUCGCGGACGAUGCAGAGAUCGACCCUGACAUUGCAAAGGCGGUCCUGGAGGCGCUGGCCUCACUGAGCGCGCACGACACGCGCAUCGCGGACGCGGUGUUGGCGGACGAGCGGACGGUGCCUGCGCUCUUCGCGCUCCUGGGGGGCGCGGAUGGAGGCGCGAGGCUGCCCUCGAUGCAUCUGCUGUCGGUCCUGCUCGACGCGAGGCGAGGGAACGUGCAGACGCGCUUCCUGUCCACGCCCAACGCGGCGGCGAGCGUGAUGGCUGCGCUGGACGAUCGCAGGGAGGUUGUCCGGACAGAAGCGAUCACCCUCGUGCGUGCGCUGAGCGGGGGAAGUGCAGACAUACAGAAGGUGCUCGCGUUCGAGGGCGCGUUCGAGAAGCUAUUCGCGGUGGUGGCGCGUGAGGGGGGAGUGGACGGCGGUCCAGUUGCUGAGGAGGCUCUUGUCUGCCUGGACGGCCUCCUGCGCUUCAACUCGUCUAAUCAGGCAUUCUUCCGUGAAACGGAUCUCCCUCCCCAACUAUGCGCUCUGCUGGCGUUCCCCCCUCAUCUCGCUCUUCACGAGGCCGCGCCUCAGGAAUUUGCCCUCCAGUUCUGGGAUCCUCAGAAGGCUGCCAACGCGGACUGCGUCGUCGCCCUCAUGGGCAUGCUCAUCCACAAUAAUAGCACUAGCCCGCAAGAACUUACCUUCGCGCGGUGUCUCCUCGAACUAUCCUUGGCCAGCAACGCGCCCACGACCUUGAAGACGCACGCAUUGCGCCUGCUCCCUGCUCGGCUCGCCAUACCCUUGCCCCAACUUGCGCUAACUCCAUACGUGCCCGUACCCGGUACCAACGGCGAAGAAUGGGACAGAUUAGAGCCAGCGAGUGCACUUGACGCUCUCGUGGAGAUGGUGCUUGCUGGGGAGUAUGGUGGUGUUGAUGGGGAUGCCGGUCCCGGCUCUAGCGCGCGCAGGAAGGACAAGCUUGAGCUGCGCGCCGCGGCUGCGGGGGUCUUCGAGAACUUUGUCAGUACGGAAGACGUCAAGACCGCUAUCGUGCAGGCCAUGCUACCUCCAGAGGGUGCACCGUCCCCGCCGCCAAUCACGCCGCUUCUCCAUUCCUUGGUGAACCCUCCGGACGCCAGCGCUCCCGACGCGGGUACCCAGUUUGCCUGCGUGCUGUUCGCGCAUCUCGUCCGCAGCGCGCCUGCCGCUAAGGCCGCCGCGCGCAGUAUUAAGCCCGUCCUCCCAUCCAACGCUGGCAGUGGAUCCGGCGCUUUCUUCGUCCCCGCCGACUCGUCUGGUGCCCCGCCGCCGCCACCACCCGAGGCUGACGAUGACGACGAGCCGCCGCAGGCGUUGAUACCAAUGCUGUGUGAGAACCUCAGCCUAGCGUUGCUGGCGAGGAGUCGGCAGGCGGAGCAUGGGGAUGGGGACGCGGGUGAUGCGCAGAGCGUGUUGCGCUCGCGCCAUGCCCGACGAGACCUAGACGCAUUAAUCGCUGCAUACGUCGCGCUGCUAAGUCAGUGGUUGUGGGAUGACCCCUCAGCGGUACGGGAGUUUGCGGAUAGUGGUGGUGUGGGCAUACUUGUUGAGCCCAUAAACCAGGCGAUGGAUGCGGAUGCCAUCGUACCCGGAUUGUGUGCCAUGUUGCUAGGGAUUUGUUACGAAUUCGACCGCGAGCCAGGAGAGAUUACAAGAGCGACAAUCCGCCCCAUCCUUGAUCGGCUCGGCGUGGACAAUCUAGUCGGUCGGAUGGCAAGAUUGCGAGAAGAUCCGCGUUUGGCUGGUGCUGCACCCGAUGCUGUGGUCGUACCGAGGCCACGUUCAGACGGUACAGACAGCUACGGGAGGAAGCCUGAAGAAAUCGCCUCUAUCGAGGAGGGUGAACUUUGGUUCGAUUGGGCGUUCGUGGAAUUCUGGAAAACAAACUACUAUACCAUCCAACGCAGCUUCUCUGUAGAUCCCGACCAAGCUUCGUCUGCAUCCGAGGGCGCCGCGCUGAUAGCUGGCUUGAGGCGACAGCUCGAAGACCAGGCACGCGAAAUUGCACGGCUGCAAGCAGAAGUCGGACAGGCACCAGCGAGAGGCGGCGUCUCGCAACAAGACUCGCGGGAGCUCGAGGCACGGCUCCGCGAAGAGAUCAAGGCGGAGACGGAGAACCUCAUGCGCGUAGAACUCGCUGCGGAGACUAGGAGCCUUCGCGCAGAACUGGAUGCUGCUCGAGAUGAGGCGGCGGCCCUUCGCGCGGAGGCCGCGGUUAGCAGUGGUGCUGGGGCUGGCGCUGGCGCUGAGCUGGAGCAGGUCCGCGGCGCGCUUGCGGUGGAGACGCAGAAGCGUCAAGCCGCUGAAGGAGAGCUGUCAGCGGUACGGGAGUCGCUAGCAAACGUGCAGAGCGAGCUUGGGGCGUUGCGAAAGCAGCUAGCGGCGGAGGUUGAGAAGCGGGAGGCGGUAGAGAAGGAACAGGAGGACCUACUCGUGUUGCUCGAUGAGGUGUCGAGCAAGCGACGACGCGACAAGGCGCUCAUGAAGGAGGCUUUGCUCGAGGUAUCGGAGGACGAAGAGGACGAGGACGAUGAUGAGGAAGACGAGUAGCCGAUCGAAGGCGCAGGGAGAUGACGCCUGGGACUGUAGAUCUUGGAGGUACGGAAUUGCGAAUGUGUAAUCGUCUCCUUCUUUUCUUCAUGCCAUCGCGACUUGUUUCUUUCUUGCGGUGACAUACCAACCGGGUGGCGCACGCCCGACUCUCGAUAUGUCGCCAGCGUUGCGAACAAUGGCACGCGCCCGACCGGAUCCGGAUACGUUUUCACCUAUGUUGCGCUAUGUCUCCAGACGUUCAGCAUGCACAGGGCCCAGAGGUGGCGAGACCCUUCGCGACUACGCUCGCUAGUUAGAUUUGCGGUGGUGCUGAUGAUACCCAAUCAUACUUGGAGUUCAGCAUGCGCUGCUGUCCGCGUUGGCAGAUGCGUGUUCAGUAACUUAGUGCGUGAUCGUUCUCUUCACUCUUGCAC